AGUGAUUUGCUAUCAGAUCUUGCGAGUCCCACUGAUCGAAACAGCUGAAUCAGCAGGUCUGUGUGGUGUGAUCUUAGAGAAUCAGAAGACUCCGCAAACGUACGAACCACAUCGCUGAUAUAGGGGGAGUGCUGUUCUCUUCUAAUUUUACUGCAUUAAUACCCUGAUCUUAAGCCCAGCAGCUGUUCUCCUCGAUGUCUGAUACGACGCCUUCGUCAGUGACACUUCUGUUUCCAAAUGCCCAGAGGCGUGAAGUUGAUUUGGAGCUCUUUGAGCAUAAAGGGGUCGAUGGCAUCACUGUGGAAGAGGUGAUGCAUCAUAUCUUUGAUACCACAGUGCCUCAAGCAGAGGCACCUGCCGACGAUAAGGAACUGACGACAACCAAUUCUAACGACCAGACAACGGUGACUGCGGAAGAGCCAGCAAUAACGAAGGAGCCGGGGGUAUGGCAAGGUGGUGAUGUGCCGGAGAGCUGGCAGCAGAUACGCCUUAUUCAUAUGGGCGCAGCGUUGCAACCCAGCACAAAGCUUGCGCACCUCAGAUUGGACCUCAGCGAUAUCAUCCAUGUGAGCUGCAGACCCUUGAUUCUGGAGGAGGAGAAGCCAAAGGCCUUGAAGAAGAGGCUGAGAAGCAUCUCGAGCUUUGCCGGUGCUCUGAACCGCAGUCACACUACUGAAACGAACACGAAUACGAAUGUCAACGCAAACACCUCUACGGCUCGUGGAGAGAGAACCACAACUAAUGAUGCGAAUAACGAGAUUAACCAGGCUAGUACAGGUGGAUCGUCGUGCUGUGUCAUAUGCUGAUUGUUUUCCUAUAAUUCCUUUAAACCUAUAUACAUAUAAAGCAGGUCAGAGCUU